GACCGGGACGCAGCGCCGCGCCCCGUGGGUGAAUCCCCGCCGCGCCUGGGGGACCUCCCUCCCCGGGCAGCCCGAAGAUCGCCAGCCCGGGCCGCCACCAUGCGCGCCCCGCCCCUGCCGCCAGGCCCCUCGCUCCUAGCCUGCGCCACCGCCGAGCCCGGGGGGCAGCGGGAGGUGGGGAGAAUGCCGCCUGGGGUGGGUAAGUUCGGGGCUCCGCUGCCGCUGGAAUCUCCCGUUGCUGUCGCGCAGGCCGAAGUGGUGGCCCCCGGACCUCCGAGUGCCUCCUUCCUCCCGAGGUGUACGGAGGCUUUGUGUGCCAGGUCCGAUCCGUACUGGGUGCAAUGAAAGCUCCACGCUGGCCUUACCAUGGAAGGCUGUGACUCGCCCGUCGUCUCGGGGAAGGACAAUGGGUGCGGGAUCCCUCAGCACCGGCAAUGGACUGAACUCAACAGCACCCACCUCCCCGACAAACCCAGUAGCAUGGAGCAGCCCACAGGCGAGAGCCAUGGGCCCUUGGACAGCCUAAGGGCCCCCUUCAAUGAGCGCCUGGCGGACAGCAGCACCUCGGCCGGGCCGCCAGCCGAGCCCGCCAGCAAGGAGGUCAGCUGCAACGAGUGCUCAGCCUCCUUUGCCAGCCUCCAGACCUACAUGGAGCACCACUGCCCUGGCACACGCCCCCCACCGCCCCUGCGAGAGGAGAGCGCCAGCGACACCAGCGAGGAGGGCGAGGAGGAGAGUGACGUGGAGAACCUGGCCGGGGAGAUCGUCUACCAGCCAGAUGGCUCCGCGUACAUUGUCGAGAGCCUGAGCCAGCUGGCCCAAAGCGGGGCCGCGUGUGGCAGCGGCAGUGGCAGUGGGCCUGUCCCCUCGCUCUUCCUGAACUCUCUCCCCGGGGCGGGGGGCAAACAAGGGGACCCUUCGUGUGCUGCACCCGUGUACCCGCAGAUCAUCAACACUUUCCACAUAGCCUCAUCCUUCGGGAAAUGGUUUGAGGGCUCAGACCAGGCCUUCCCGAAUACCUCAGCCCUGGCGGGGCUCAGCCCUGUCCUGCACAGCUUCCGCGUUUUUGACGUGCGACACAAAAGCAACAAGGAUUACCUGAACAGCGACGGUUCUGCCAAAAGCUCCUGCGUAUCCAAAGAUGUUCCCAACAAUGUGGACCUGUCCAAGUUCGAUGGCUUUGUGCUCUACGGCAAGAGGAAGCCCAUUCUGAUGUGCUUCUUGUGCAAACUCUCCUUUGGGUAUGUCCGUUCAUUUGUGACCCACGCGGUGCACGACCAUCGAAUGACCCUGAGUGAAGAGGAGCGGAAAAUUCUUAGCAAUAAGAACAUCUCCGCUAUCAUCCAAGGGAUCGGCAAAGACAAGGAACCCCUUGUAAGUUUUCUGGAACCAAAAAACAAAAACCUUCAACACCCUUUAGUUUCCACAGCUAACCUCAUAGGCCCCGGACACAGUUUUUAUGGUAAAUUUAGUGGCAUUCGCAUGGAAGGGGAGGAGACCCUCCCAGCCGUCGCUGCUGCUGGCCCUGAGCAGCCCCAGGCUGGUCUCUUGACCCCCAGCACCCUCUUGAACCUUGGCGGGCUCACCAGCUCGGUCCUGAAGACUCCCAUUACCUCAGUCCCCCUGGGGCCUCUGGCUGCCAGUCCUACCAAAUCCUCGGAGGGCAAGGACUCUGGGGCAGCGGAAGGAGAUAAGCAAGAAGUGGGGGAUCCGGAUUGCUUCUCCGAGAAAGCAGAGCCAGCCGAGGAGGAGGAGGCGGAAGAAGAGGAAGAGGAGGAAGAAGAGGCGGAGGAGGAAGAGGAGGAGGAGGAGGAAGAGGAGGAGGAAGAGGAGGGCUGCAAAGGACUCUUUCCCACGGAGCUGGAGGAAGAGCUGGAGGACAGGGCCCCCGAGGAGUCUGGAGCCACAGCAGGUGGUAGCAGCAAAAAGGACCUUGCUCUCUCAAACCAAAGCAUUUCUCACUCCCCCUUAAUGCCUAAUGUGCUCCAGAGCCUGUCAAGGGGCACAGCUUCUACUACUUCUAAUUCUGCUUCUUCCUUUGUUGUCUUCGAUGGUGCGAACAGGAGGAACCGUUUAAGCUUUAACAGUGAGGGCGUCAGGGCCAAUGUGGCAGAGGGCAGGAGGCUGGACUUCGCUGACGAAAGUGCCAAUAAAGACAAUGCCACAGCACCAGAACCAAAUGAAAGCACAGAGGGCGACGAUGGGGGCUUUGUCCCUCAUCACCAGCACGCUGGCUCCCUCUGCGAGCUUGGGGUUGGGGAGUGCCCCUCGGGUAGCGGUGUGGAGUGCCCCAAAUGUGACACGGUCCUGGGCUCUUCCCGCUCCCUGGGUGGCCACAUGACCAUGAUGCAUUCUCGUAACUCGUGUAAGACACUCAAGUGUCCCAAGUGCAACUGGCACUAUAAGUACCAGCAGACGCUGGAGGCACACAUGAAGGAGAAGCACCCGGAGCCCGGGGGCUCCUGUGUCUACUGCAAAAGCGGGCAGCCCCACCCGCGGUUGGCACGAGGCGAGAGCUACACGUGUGGUUACAAGCCUUUCCGCUGUGAGGUGUGUAACUACUCCACAACUACCAAAGGCAACCUCAGUAUUCAUAUGCAGUCCGACAAACAUCUCAACAACAUGCAGAACCUGCAGAACGGAGGGGGCGAGCAAGUCUUCAGCCACAGCGCUGGGGCAGCCGCCGCCGCUGCAGCCGCCGCGGCUGCCGCCGCCGCCAAUAUAGGCAGCUCCUGUGGCGCCCCCUCCCCCACCAAACCAAAAACCAAACCCACGUGGCGGUGCGAGGUGUGUGACUAUGAGACCAACGUGGCCAGGAACCUCCGCAUCCACAUGACCAGUGAGAAACACAUGCACAACAUGAUGCUGCUGCAGCAGAACAUGACCCAGAUCCAGCACAAUCGCCACCUGGGCCUCGGCAGCCUGCCCUCCCCGGCCGAGGCCGAGCUCUACCAGUACUACCUGGCCCAGAACAUGAACCUGCCCAACCUGAAGAUGGACAGUACCGCCUCGGACACCCAGUUCAUGAUGAGCGGAUUCCAGCUGGAUCCUACAGGGCCCAUGGCUGCCAUGACGCCUGCUCUAGUGGGCGGUGAGAUACCCCUAGACAUGCGGCUCGGGGGCGGGCAGCUGGUGUCGGAGGAGCUGAUGAACCUGGGCGAGAGCUUCAUCCAGACCAACGACCCGUCCCUGAAGCUCUUCCAGUGUGCGGUCUGCAACAAGUUCACGACGGAUAACCUGGACAUGCUGGGACUGCACAUGAACGUGGAGCGCAGCCUCUCGGAGGACGAGUGGAAGGCCGUGAUGGGGGACUCGUACCAGUGCAAGCUCUGCCGCUACAACACGCAGCUCAAGGCCAACUUCCAGCUGCACUGCAAGACGGACAAGCAUGUGCAGAAGUACCAGCUGGUGGCCCACAUCAAGGAGGGCGGCAAGGCCAACGAGUGGAGGCUCAAGUGUGUGGCCAUCGGCAACCCAGUGCACCUGAAGUGCAACGCAUGCGACUACUACACCAAUAGCCUGGAGAAGCUACGGCUGCACACGGUCAACUCCAGGCACGAGGCCAGCCUGAAGUUGUACAAGCACCUGCAGCAGCACGAGAGCGGCGUGGAGGGGGAGAGCUGCUAUUACCACUGCGUCCUGUGCAACUACUCCACCAAGGCCAAGCUCAACCUCAUCCAGCACGUGCGCUCCAUGAAGCAUCAGCGCAGCGAGAGUCUGCGCAAGCUGCAGCGGCUGCAGAAGGGCCUUCCGGAGGAGGACGAAGACCUGGGCCAGAUCUUCACCAUCCGCAGGUGCCCCUCCACUGACCCAGAAGAAGCCGUUGAAGAUGCCGAAGGACCCAGUGAAGCACCCGCUGACCCAGAGGAGCUGGCCAAAGACCAGGGGAGCGGCAGCGAGGAGGUCCAGAACAAGCGGGCAGCCCCGUCCAGUCAGGCAGAGAAGGAGUUGACAGAGUCUCCUGCAUCCUCCAAGCGCAUCUCCUUCCCAGGUAGCUCCGAGACUCCACCCUCUUCGAAGAGGCCAAAGACAUCAGAAGAGGUCAAACCAGAACAGAUGUACCAAUGUCCCUACUGCAAGUACAGCAACGCUGACGUGAACCGGCUGCGGGUGCACGCCAUGACGCAGCACUCGGUGCAGCCCAUGCUCCGCUGUCCCCUGUGCCAAGACAUGCUCAACAACAAGAUCCACCUCCAGCUGCACCUCACCCACCUCCACAGUGUGGCCCCCGACUGCGUGGAGAAGCUCAUUAUGACGGUGACCACUCCUGAGAUGGUGAUGCCCAGCAGCAUGUUCCUCCCUGCAGCUGUUCCAGACCGCGACGGGAAUUCCAGUUUGGAAGAGGCGGGAAAGCCACCUGAAACCUCAGAGGAUCUGGGAAAGAACAUCUUGCCGUCUGCAAGCACAGAGCACAGUGGAGAUCUGAAACCCCCCUCCGCCGACCCCGGUGGUGCGAGAGAAGACACGGGCUUCCUCUGCUGGAAGAAGGGGUGCAACCAGGUCUUCAAGACCUCUGCUGCCCUCCAGACCCACUUCAACGAGGUGCAUGCCAAGAGGCCGCAGCUGCCUGUGUCGGAUCGCCACGUGUACAAGUACCGCUGCAACCAGUGCAGCCUGGCUUUCAAGACCAUCGAGAAGCUGCAGCUCCACUCUCAGUACCACGUGAUCAGGGCUGCCACCAUGUGCUGCCUUUGCCAGCGCAGUUUCCGGACUUUCCAGGCCCUGAAGAAACACCUCGAGACAAGUCACCUGGAGCUGAGUGAGGCUGACAUCCAGCAGCUGUAUGGCGGACUUCUAGCCAACGGGGACCUCUUGGCGAUGGGAGACCCCACCCUGGCCGAAGACCACACCAUUAUUGUUGAAGAAGACAAGGAGGAAGAGAGUGACCUGGAGGAUAAGCAGAGUCCAACAGGCAGCGAUUCCGGGUCAGUACAGGAAGACUCAGGUUCAGAGCCAAAGAGAGCUUUGCCUUUCCGAAAAGGCCCCAACUUUACCAUGGAGAAGUUCCUAGACCCUUCCCGCCCUUACAAGUGUACUGUCUGUAAGGAGUCUUUCACUCAGAAGAAUAUCCUGCUAGUGCACUACAAUUCCGUCUCCCACCUGCAUAAGUUAAAGAGGGCCCUUCAAGAAUCGGCAACUGGCCAGCCGGAGCCCACCAGCAGCCCGGACAACAAACCAUUUAAGUGUAACACUUGCAAUGUGGCGUACAGCCAGAGUUCCACGCUGGAGAUCCACAUGAGGUCUGUGCUGCACCAAACCAAGGCCCGAGCAGCCAAGCUGGAAGCAGCAAGUGGCAGCAGCAGCAGCAGCAGCAACGGGACUGGGAACAGUGGCGGCGUGUCCCUUAGCUCCUCCACGCCAAGUCCUGUGAGCACCAGCGGUGCUAACACCUUUACCACCGCCAACCCAAGCAGUGCUGGCAUGACUCCAGGCUCCAACCUGCUGAGCCAGGUGCCCACUGAGAGUGUGGGGCUGCCGCCUCUGGGGAAUCCCAUCAGUGCCAACAUCACUUCCUCUCCAGAGCCCAAGGAGGCCAACCGGAAGAAGUUAGCGGAUAUGAUUGCUUCUCGGCAGCAGCAGCAACAGCAGCAGCAGCAGCAGCAACAGCAGCAAGCACAGACACUGGCCCAGGCCCAGGCUCAAGUGCAGGCGCACUUGCAGCAGGAGUUGCAGCAGCAGGCUGCCCUGAUUCAGUCUCAGCUUUUUAACCCCACUCUGCUUCCUCACUUUCCCAUGACCACAGAGACGCUGCUCCAGCUGCAGCAGCAGCAGCAUCUGCUCUUCCCUUUCUAUAUCCCCAGCGCAGAGUUCCAGCUCAAUCCGGACGUGAGCCUGCCUGUGACCAGCGGGGCUCUGACACUGACGGGGUCAGGCCCAGGCCUGUUGGAAGAUCUGAAGGCUCAGGUCCAGAUCCCACAGCAGAGCCACCAACAGAUUCUGCAGCAGCAGCAGCAGCAGCAACAACAGCAGAAUCAAGUCUCUCUUUCGCAGAGUCAUUCAGCCCUCCUUCAGCCAAGCCAGCACCCCGAAAAGAAAACCAAACUGGCCAGCAAAGAAAAGGAAAAGGAAGGCCAGCGAGAGAGGGAGGGGCCGGAGGGGGUAGAGGGUAACACAGGACAGAAGGAAUCACUGCCUGAUGCCUUGAAGGCCAAAGAGAAGAAAGAGUUGGCACCAGGGGGUGGUUCUGAGGCGUCUAUGCUCCCUCCGCGCAUCGCUUCGGAUGCCAGAGGGAAUGCUACCAAGGCCUUGCUGGAGAACUUUGGCUUUGAGCUGGUCAUUCAGUACAAUGAGAACAAGCAGAAGGUACAGAAGAAGAACGGAAAGACGGAGCAGGGCGAGAGCCCGGAGAAGCUUGAGUGUGACUCGUGUGGCAAGCUCUUUUCCAACAUCUUGAUUCUGAAGAGCCAUCAGGAACAUGUGCACCAGAACUAUUUUCCCUUCAAACAGCUGGAGCGGUUUGCCAAGCAAUACCGAGAGCACUAUGAUAAACUGUACCCGCUGAGGCCGCAGACCCCAGAGCCGCCGCCCCCGCCCCCACCCCCUCCUCCGCCCCCACUUCCUGUGGCACCCCCCCAGCCAGCUUCUACGCCAGCCAUCCCGGCAUCUGCGCCACCCAUCACUUCCCCCACCAUCGCCCCGGCCCAGCCCUCCGUGCCUCUCACCCAGCUCUCCAUGCCGAUGGAGCUGCCCAUCUUCUCCCCGCUGAUGAUGCAGACGGUGCCGCUGCAGACUCUGCCAGCUCAGCUGCCCCCUCAGCUUGGCCCCGUGGAGCCUUUGCCCGCCGAUCUGGCCCAGCUGUACCAGCAUCAGCUCAAUCCGACCCUGCUCCCGCAACAGAGCAAAAGGCCACGCACCAGGAUCACCGAUGACCAGCUCCGCGUGCUGCGGCAGUAUUUCGAUAUCAACAACUCCCCCAGUGAGGAGCAGAUAAAAGAGAUGGCAGACAAGUCCGGCUUGCCCCAGAAAGUGAUCAAGCACUGGUUCAGAAACACUCUGUUUAAGGAGCGGCAGCGCAACAAGGACUCCCCGUACAACUUCAGCAACCCACCCAUCACCAGUCUGGAGGAGCUCAAGAUCGACUCCCGGCCCCCGUCGCCAGAACCCCAGAAGCAGGAGUACUGGGGAAGCAAGCGGUCGUCGAGAACAAGGUUUACCGACUACCAGCUCAGAGUCCUUCAGGACUUCUUCGAUGCCAACGCUUACCCCAAGGACGAUGAGUUUGAGCAGCUUUCGAAUUUGUUGAACCUCCCCACCCGUGUCAUAGUGGUGUGGUUUCAGAACGCCCGGCAGAAAGCCAGGAAAAAUUACGAGAACCAGGGAGAGGGCAAAGAUGGAGAGCGGCGCGAGCUUACCAACGACAGAUACAUUCGAACGAGCAACCUGAAUUACCAGUGCAAAAAGUGUAGCCUCGUGUUUCAGCGCAUCUUCGAUCUCAUCAAGCACCAAAAGAAGCUGUGUUACAAGGAUGAGGAUGAAGAAGGGCAGGAUGACAGCCAAAAUGAGGACUCCAUGGAUGCCAUGGAGAUGCUCACCCCCACCAGCUCCUCUUGCAGCACCCCUAUGCCCUCCCAGGCGUACAGCACCCCAGCGCCCUCAGCCAGCACAGCUCCCUCUGCAUUCUUGCAGCUCACCGCGGAGACGGAGGAACUGACCACCUUCAGUUCGAAAGCAGAGGCGAGCGACGAGAAGCCAAAGCAGGCAGACCCUCCCAGCGCACAGCCAAACCAAACCCAAGAGAAGCAAGGACAGCCAAAGCCGGAGGUGCAGCAGCAAGAGCAGCCGGAGCAAAAGACUAACGCACCUCAGCCCAAGCUCCCACAGCUGGCUGCCCCCUCCUUGCCGCAGGCGCCUCCACAAGCACCCCCUCCGCAGUGCCCCCUCCCCCAGUCAAGCCCCAGCCCCUCUCAGCUCUCCCAUCUGCCCCUCAAGCCCCUCCACACAUCAACUCCUCAGCAGCUGGCAAACCUACCUCCUCAGCUCAUCCCCUACCAGUGUGACCAGUGCAAGCUGGCGUUCCCAUCCUUCGAGCACUGGCAGGAGCAUCAGCAGCUUCACUUUCUGAGCGCACAGAACCAGUUCAUCCACCCGCAGUUUCUGGACAGGUCGUUGGAUAUGCCUUUCAUGCUGUUUGAUCCCAGUAACCCCCUCCUGGCCAGCCAGCUGCUCUCGGGGGCCAUACCUCAGAUCCCCGCCAGCUCAGCCACUUCUCCUUCCACACCAACCUCCACGAUGAACACUCUCAAGAGGAAGCUGGAGGAGAAGGCCAGCGCGAGCCCAGGCGAGAACGACAGCGGGACGGGCGGAGAAGAGCCUCAGCGAGACAAGCGUCUGAGGACGACCAUUACGCCAGAACAGCUGGAGAUUCUCUACCAGAAGUACCUGCUGGACUCGAACCCAACUCGGAAGAUGCUGGAUCACAUCGCCCACGAGGUGGGCUUGAAGAAGCGUGUGGUCCAGGUGUGGUUUCAGAACACCCGAGCCCGGGAAAGGAAAGGUCAGUUCCGGGCUGUGGGCCCAGCGCAGGCCCACCGGAGAUGCCCGUUUUGCAGAGCACUCUUCAAGGCCAAGACUGCCCUCGAGGCUCACAUCCGGUCCAGGCACUGGCACGAAGCCAAGAGAGCUGGCUACAACCUGACCCUGUCCGCCAUGCUGUUAGACUGUGACGGGGGACUCCAGAUGAAGGGAGAUAUUUUUGACGGAACUAGCUUUUCCCACCUCCCCCCAAGCAGUAGCGACGGUCAGGGUGUGCCCCUCUCGCCUGUGAGCAAAACCAUGGAGCUGUCCCCCAGGACUCUUCUCAGUCCCUCCUCCAUCAAGGUGGAAGGGAUCGAAGACUUUGAAAGCCCCUCCAUGGCCUCGGUUAAUCUGAACUUCGACCAGACAAAGCUGGACAACGACGACUGCUCCUCUGUCAACACCGCAAUCACAGACACCACGACGGGGGACGAGGGCAACGCCGAUAACGACAGCGCGUCGGGAAUAGUGACCGAAGCCAAAUCUUCUGCACCCAACGAGGGCUUGACCAAAGCGGCCAUGAUGGCAAUGUCCGAGUACGAAGACCGACUGUCAUCCGGUCUGGUCAGCCCAGCCCCGAGCUUUUAUAGCAAGGAGUAUGACAAUGAAGGUACCGUGGACUAUAGCGAAACCUCGAGCCUCGCGGACCCCUGCUCCCCAAGCCCCGGGGCAAGCGGGUCUGCAGGUAAAUCUGGUGACGGCGGGGAUCGACCCGGGCAGAAACGUUUUCGCACUCAGAUGACCAAUCUGCAGCUGAAGGUCCUCAAGUCGUGCUUCAAUGACUACAGGACACCCACCAUGCUGGAAUGUGAGGUCCUGGGCAAUGACAUUGGACUGCCAAAGAGAGUUGUUCAGGUCUGGUUCCAAAACGCCCGGGCAAAAGAGAAGAAGUCCAAGUUAAGCAUGGCCAAGCAUUUUGGUAUCAACCAAACGAGUUACGAGGGACCCAAAACAGAGUGCACUUUGUGUGGUAUCAAGUACAGCGCGAGGCUGUCUGUACGCGACCAUAUCUUUUCCCAGCAGCAUAUCUCCAAAGUUAAGGACACCAUCGGAAGCCAGCUGGACAAGGAGAAAGAAUAUUUUGACCCAGCCACCGUGCGCCAGUUGAUGGCUCAGCAAGAGCUGGACCGGAUUAAAAAGGCUAAUGAGGUCCUUGGACUGGCAGCUCAGCAGCAAGGGAUGUUUGACAACGCCCCUCUCCAGGCUCUUAACCUUCCUACCACGUAUCCAGCGCUCCAGGGCAUUCCUCCCGUGUUGCUCCCUGGCCUCAACAGCCCCUCUUUGCCGGGCUUUACUCCAUCCAACACAGCUUUAACGUCUCCUAAACCGAACUUGAUGGGUCUGCCCAGCACAACAGUUCCUUCCCCUGGCCUCCCCACAUCUGGAUUACCAAAUAAACCGUCCUCAGCUUCGCUGAGCUCCCCGACCCCAGCACAAGCCACCAUGGCAAUGGCCCCUCAGCAACCCCCACAACCCCAGCAGCCGCAGCCACAGGUGCAGCAACCUCCGCCGCCGCCAGCAGCCCAGCCGAUACCCACGCCACAGCUUCCCCUGCAACAGCAACGCAAGGACAAAGACGGUGAGAAAGGAAAGGAGAAGGAAAAGGCACACAAAGGGAAGGGGGAACCCCUACCUGUCCCCAAGAAGGAGAAAGGAGAGGCCCCUACAGCGGCUACAGCUACCAUCUCAGCCCCACUGCCCGCCAUGGAGUACGCGGUGGACCCUGCUCAGCUGCAGGCCCUGCAGGCGGCCUUGACUUCAGACCCCACAGCAUUGCUCACGAGCCAGUUCCUUCCUUACUUCGUACCAGGCUUUUCUCCUUAUUAUGCCCCCCAGAUCCCUGGCGCCCUGCAGAGCGGGUACCUGCAACCUAUGUAUGGCAUGGAAGGCCUGUUCCCCUACAGCCCUGCCCUGUCGCAGGCCCUGAUGGGGUUGUCUCCAGGCUCACUACUGCAGCAGUACCAGCAAUACCAGCAGAGUCUGCAGGAGGCAAUUCAGCAGCAGCAACAGCAGCAGCAGCGGCAACUACAGCAGCAGCAGCAGCAACAACAACAACAACAAAAAGUGCAGCAGCAGCAGCAGCAGCCCAAAGCAAGCCAAACCCCAGUCCCCCAGGGGGCUGCUUCCCCAGACAAAGACCCUGCCAAAGAAUCCCCCAAACCAGAAGAGCAGAAAAACGUCUCCCAUGAGGUGUCCCCCCUCCUACCGAAACCCCCCGAAGAGCCAGAAGCAGAAAGCAAAAGUGCGGACUCCCUCUGUGACCCCUUCAUUGUUCCAAAGGUGCAGUACAAGUUGGUCUGCCGCAAGUGCCAGGCGGGCUUCGGCGACGAGGAGGCGGCUAGGAGCCACCUGAAGUCCCUCUGCUUCUUCGGCCAGUCUGUGGUGAACCUGCAAGAGAUGGUGCUUCAUGUCCCCACCGGCAGUGGUGGAGGUGGCGGUGGCGGUGGCAGCAAUGGCUCAUACCACUGCCUGGCGUGCGAGAGCGCGCUCUGCGGGGAGGAAGCGCUGAGUCAGCAUCUCGAGUCGGCCUUGCACAAACACAGAACAAUCACGAGAGCAGCAAGAAACGCCAAAGAGCACCCUAGUUUAUUACCUCACUCUGCCUGCUUCCCCGAUCCUAGCACCGCAUCUACCUCGCAGUCUGCCGCUCACUCAAACGACAGCCCCCCUCCCCCGUCGGCCGCCCCGUCCUUGUCCGCUUCCCCCCACGCCUCCAGGAAGUCUUGGCCGCCAGUGGGCUCCCGGGCUUCGGCCGCAAAGCCCCCUUCUUUUCCUCCUCUCUCCUCAUCUUCAACGGUUACCUCAAGUUCAUGCAGCACCUCAGGGGUUCAGCCCUCGAUGCCAACAGACGACUAUUCGGAGGAGUCUGACACGGAUCUCAGCCAAAAGUCCGACGGACCGGCGAGCCCGGUGGAGGGUCCCAAAGACCCCAGCUGCCCCAAGGACAGUGGUCUGACCAGUGUAGGAACGGACACCUUCAGAUUGUAAGCUUUGAAGAUGAACAAUUACAAAUGAAUUUAAAUAAAAAAAUUAAUAACAAACCAAUUUCAAAAAUAGACUAACUGCAAUUCCAAAGCUUCUAACCAAAAAAACAAAAAAACAAAAAAAAAAAAAAAAAGGAAAAAAAAAGAAAAAGCGUGGGUUGUUUUCCCAUAUACCUAUCUAUGCCGGUGAUUUUACAUCCUUGUCUUUUUUUUUUCUUUUACUAUUAAAAAAAAGAAAACACAAAUCCUACCCCAGUUACAUUGUGUCCUUUUAAAGGUACUAUUGGUCGGGGAAGCUGAAGUCCGCAGGGCCUGCCUAUUGUCGUUGGAGCUUAAACCCCUUGUAUAUUUGCCCCUUUUGAGAACUACCCCACCUUGAUAGCACAGAGGAGGCCGGCACGCGCUGUAUGGGAAAGCACUCCGCCUUGUUACAGUUUUAAAUGUCUUGCUAGCUUAGCACUCAGAUACCAAUGGCUUGCUAAAAGAAAAAAAAAAAAAAAGAAAAAGAAAUGUAAUGUCUUUUUAUUCUCAGGUCAAUCGCUCACACUUUGUUGUUUUCAGAAUCAUUGUUUUAUGUUUUUUUUUCUUUUGUUCCAGAAAAGAUUUUUUUUUUGUUUUGUUUUGUUAAUUUAAAAAUGGGCAGAAAGUAUUCAAGAAAAACAAUGUGAACUGCUUUAGCUUUCUGGGGAUUUUAAAGAAUAGCUUUUCUGUUGAAGCCAAUUUCAAGGGGAAAAGCUAAGCACUCCCACCUUCAGAGAAAAAAAAAACCCACACAGAGUGUUGAGGACUUGUAGCUUAAAAAAGAUGAGUUUUAAAAACUGACUUUCUGUAUUUAUGGUAGGUAUGAGCAUUUUUGGUGUUGAGUAGAUUGCGGCAUUGGAGAUGAGCUGAAGCAGUAUGGUAGACUUAAACCCUUGGUGCGCUUAGCUUUCGUGUGGUCCAGCGACAGCUCCUCAUUUGAUGUCUUGUUCAUCCCUAGUGGAUAGAUUGCAAUCUGUUGCUUCACCUACACUUCUCCCCUCCCCCCCCCAUCUCCCUCUUAAAGUGGCUGCCUUCGUUUCUUGGAGGGUGGCUGCAGAAUUAUUUUAUAAACCUAGAGAAAGCAUUUCGGAGGACUCCAGGGGUCACCAGGGUCCUCACAGAUUAUUUUUGGCUGGGGAGCUGAGACUUUGGAAAGGCAGUUAAUUCUAGUUACCUGUGUCUGGUAGCCCUGAGCGUUUAGCUUUUUAUUUAUCCUUCUUUUGCUUUUUCUUUAUGCCCCUCCUCCUCUUUCUCUCUCUCUCUCCUUGAUCUGUGGACUCUUCAAAUAUUCUUUUCUUGAACUAAAACAUUCGUUUCAGUUUCUGUAGUUGAGGCUGUUUGCGUUUCUUUCUAAGGUUUUUGGCUAGAGAUUUGGUUUUGGUUUUUGUGUUUGUGUCUUUUCUUUCCUCUCUCAGAAAAAGAAAUUUCAUGCUUUAAAAAAAAAAAAAAACAAUCCAAAGACACACCCUUUCACU